AUGAAUUGUACAUGUUCUCUGAAUUAUGUAGCAGCUGUAACAUUUGUGGAGAUCGGUGUAUAUAAGUAUUAUCUCUAUUAUCAUUGCAAUUCCAGCUGGUGGCUGAAUUUCAAUUUCAAAGAGAAAACGCCUUUUGCAAGAGAUAGAUUGGUGGAAUGCUACUUUGGGGGUUUGGGGAUGUCUUUCGAGCCCCAAUACCAACUAUCACGAAGAAUACUAACAAAAGUUUUUUCAUUGGUGGUUGUUCUUGAUGAUAUGUAUGAUGUGUAUGGAACUGUUGAAGAACUCAUACUCUUUACAGAUGCAAUUGAACGGUGGGAUAUCAGUGCAUUGGAUCAGCUGCCAGAAUACAUGAGGUAUAUCUAUCGAAUCAUCUUGGAGGUUUAUAUUGAAGUGGAGGAAGAACUGAGCCAGGCAGGAAUACCGUUAAAUCGUGCUCAGUAUGCAAAAGAUGCUAUGAAAGAAAUAAUAAGGUCAUACAUUUUUGAUGCCAAGUGCAUCAACAAAUGGUUAGUACCAACAAUGGAAGAGAAUAUGAGCAAUUCUGUAGUAAGCUCAACAAUUCCAAUACUCGCCACACAUUUCUUCGCGGGGAUGGGUGACAUUGUGACCGUGGAAGCCCUUGAAUGGUUAUCCAAAUAUCCGCUUAUGGUCCAAGCAUCAAGCUUAUAUUGCGUGCUCACUGACAACAUAGCUGAAGAUGAGGUGGGGAAGGCAGCAGACGCGGCUUGUUUUGUUGAUUGUUACAUGAAACAACACGGCGUAUCAAAGGAAUAUACAUAUUCCGAAUUUGGAAAACAGAGAGUUAAGGCAUGGAAGGACAUGAAUUCGGAGUGCCUCCGUCCAACUGCAGUCCCCCUUCCAUUACUCUCAGUAGUUCUUAGUAUACCUCGUCUGGCCUAUAUUCUUUACGAAUACCAAGGCCUUGAUGGAUUUAGUGCUUCGGAUACUAAGACUAAAGAGCUUAUAAACUCUGUGCUUGUGAAUCCCAUUCCAAUGUAA